AUGACGCAUUGCAAUUCGGUAACCACACCAACUGAGGUUGGAUUGAAGUUGUCGAAGGAUCCUGAUGGAAGAAAGGUAAAUAGCACCUUCUAUAAGCAAAUCGUGGGGAGUUUAAUGUAUUUAACAGCUACAAGGCCAGAUAUCAUGCAUCCUGUAAGCCUUAUUAGCAGGUACAUGGAGAAUCCAACUGAAAAACAUUUGCAAGCUGCAAAGCGAAUUCUUCGCUACUUGAGAGGGACUGCAACUUUUGGGUUAUUCUAUAAGAAGGGAGAAAAAUCAGAGUUGAUUGGUUUCACUAAUAGCGAUUACGCUGGUGAUAUGGAUGAUCGAAAAAGCACUUCUGGUUAUGUAUUUAUGCUUGGUUCGGGGGCUGUCUCAUGGUGUUCGAAGAAGCAGCCGAUUGUUACUCUGUCAACAACUGAAGCUGAGUUUGUGGCUGCCACCUCUAGCGCUUGUCAAGCUAUUUGGUUAAGGAAGAUUCUUGGAGAGCUUCAAUUUAAACAGGAAGAUGCAACUACAAUCUAUUGUGACAACAGCUCAGCCAUUAAACUCUCAAAGGAUCCAGUUCUACAUGGGAUGAGCAAACACAUAGAUGUGAAGUAUCAUUUCCUAAGGGAUCUCAUGAAAGAUAAAGUGAUUGAACUUGUUUUUUGCAGGAGUGAAGAUCAGCUUGCUGAUUUGUUCACCAAGCCUCUCAAAUUAUCUGCAUAUCAGAAGCUAAGAAAGCUUCUUGGUGUUUGUUCGUUGGAAGCUGCAGGUUAA